GUGGUUGAUGGAAACCACAUGACUCUUCAGUCCCUGAAGUCGUUUUUGGGAGUGUGUGGUGUGUGUGUGUUCAGUGAGCCUCAUUGAAACCAGCUUGCCUACAAGGGAAGUCAACCCCUCUCAAUUCCCUCCAGUACAUUACAGCCUCCUCUAGCUCCGUGAAGGGCUCAACACACACACACAGCUCCGGUCUGCUGGCGGGGAAAAAAAAACACCACGGAGUCGACGAAGAGAAAAUAAGAAGGGGAUUUAAAGGCAGAAGGAUAAGGCAGUUGGCUGGAGAAGAAAGUCUGCCUCACGUUGUGACACCCAGGACCAAAGUUCUGACCGAAAGUCUGCUACUUCUUAAGACAUUCUCUCUCCCCCCUCCCCAUUCCAGUAUCAUCAGAGCUAGAAGAGCCCGCUGUACAGUAGAGCACAGGAAGCCAGGCAGCUUCCACAAUGGAACACUUUCUUCUGCUGAUGCCACUCCUGGGACUGGUGAGCAGCGACUUGCCGUUUGUGCAGAGAGGUUUCUGGGACUUCUCCAUGGAUGAUCCCAAUGUCCAAGAAGAGGAAGAGGCUUCGGGUAUUUUCCCUACUUCAGGAGGGGCCGAGACUGAGGACACCAUGCCCUUCUACCCGGGCCUCUGUCCAUUUGGCUGCCAUUGCCACCUAAGGGUGGUGCAAUGCUCUGACCUGGGUCUCAAGGAAGUGCCUAAAGAGAUCUCGCCAGAUACCAAAUUGCUGGAUCUGCAGAACAACCACAUUACUGAGCUGCACAAGGAUGACUUUAAGGGACUGCAUCACUUGUAUGCCCUGGUCCUAGUGAACAAUAAGAUCUCCAAGAUCCAUCCAAAGGCUUUUAGCCCCCUGCACAAGCUGCAGAAACUCUACAUCUCCAAGAACAACCUGGUGGAGAUCCCUCCUAACCUGCCCCGCUCCUUGGUUGAACUCCGCAUCCAUGACAACAGGAUUAAGAAGAUCUCCAAGGAUGUGUUUAGUGGGCUCAACAACAUGAAUUGCAUUGAGAUGGGUGGGAACCCCCUAGAGAACAGUGGAUUCGAACCUGGUGCCUUUGAUGGCCUGAAGCUGAACUACUUGAGAAUCUCAGAAGCAAAGCUCACUGGUGUACCCAAAGAUCUGCCUGAAACCCUAAAUGAGCUACAUCUGGACCACAACAGGAUCCAGGCAAUUGAAUUAGAGGAUCUGAUCCGGUACUCCAAAGUCUACAGGCUGGGCCUGGGACACAACAACAUCCGCAUGAUUGAGAAUGGUAGCCUGGCUUUCCUGCCUAUUCUACGUGAGUUGCACUUGGAUAACAACAAGCUGUCACAGGUUCCUCCAGGACUGCCUGACCUCAAGUUUCUGCAGGUUGUGUACCUUCACUCCAACAACAUUACUCACAUCGGUGUGAAUGACUUCUGUCCUGUGGGCUUUGGGGUAAAGCGUGCUUCAUACCAUGGCAUCAGCCUCUUUGCCAACCCUGUACCCUACUGGGAGGUCCAGCCAGCUACCUUCCGGUGCGCCACUGAUCGUCUGGCUAUCCAGUUCGGCAAUUACAAGAAAUAAAAAAAGUUAGAGGAGGGUGAUG